UUGAGACUCUCCUCUCUGUUUCUCAUAGGACGUGGUCGCAAUUUAAGACUGAAUAAAUCCAAGAGUCAAAGGAACAAGAUAUUUGCGAAUGAUAUGAAUGUCUCCUAUCUUAAUCGCUUCUCUGAGCGUCUUGUGGCUCCUCUCUACUCUACAGCUCCCAUCAGGAGCCAUAGGACGGAUGAUAUUGCUAUUGAGGGUCGUAACCUGAAUUUCUCGUUCCCCACGAGGCAGGUGAAAGCUGUACCGAUUCUUCGGGAUUGUUCAAUUCGCAUUCCUUCUAGGCAGUUUUGGAUGCUUCUUGGACCCAACGGAUGCGGAAAAUCUACCCUCUUAAAGAUAUUGGCUGGUCUCUUAAAUCCUACUUCAGGAACAGUGCACGUGAAAGGGCCUAAAAGUUUUGUUUUCCAAAAUCCAGAUCAUCAGGUGGUAAUGCCUACAGUGGAAGCUGACGUUGCAUUUGGUCUUGGCAAGUUCAAUCUGACCCAAGAUGAAGUGAGAUCAAGGGUCUCAAGAGCCUUGCAUGCCGUGGGCAUGUCGGACUACAUGCAGAGAUCUGUUCAAACUCUAAGCGGUGGUCAGAAGCAGAGGGUAGCCAUUGCCGGUGCUCUAGCAGAAGCUUGUAAAGUUCUGUUGUUGGAUGAGCUCACAACGUUUUUAGAUGAAAAUGACCAGGUUGGAGUUAUCAAAGCGGUUAGGAACUCUCUGGAUACCUCUAUAGGGGUCACAGCAUUGUGGGUCACUCAUCGUUUGGAAGAAUUGAAGUAUGCUGAUGGUGCCAUCUACUUGGAGGACGGGAAAGUUGUGAUGCAUGAUGAUGCUGAAAGAGUAGGAAAUUUCAUUGAAGCCAGGCAAUCCGACUAUAUCAGACAGAUAAAUUCUUGAACUGCUGCUUUUGCUUUAUGAAAUUGUUUUCAAUAUUUUAUAAUGCAAGCACACUUAUUCUUGA